GACAAGCAGCUUGCGCGAAUUCGACAGGAGGAGCAGCGCCUCCAAGUCAUCCACGACCAACUCCAGAACGAGAAGACGCGAAUCACAGCGAAGGGUACGGCUCUCAACGAGCAGGUGGAGCAGUUUGUGAUCGAGAUUGACAAGCUGAACUCGAUCAUUAGCGCCAUCGAGAAAGAGAUG